GGGAAGCAGAGAGCAGACCAGAGGAGGUCUGACGCAGAUCCCACUCCGAGUUUCAUCUGUAAUAAAAGCAAGAGUUUACUAUCCAUGAUUGAUGAUCACAACCAGGAGCAGGAGGUGUGCUGAGCUUUCCCACCAAGGAGGGACACUUGUGGAGUCUCUGGGAGUCCAAAAUGAAUCCACAGCUGAAGGCUACUUUUCCCUGCUGAAGAAGCAAUGCAGAGAUGGAUGACAUCUUUUCCAGAACAGUUGUGCUUCACACACUUUCCUGAUCCCAGUCACAGGAAUUAAACCUCCAGCUGAGACGAUACAAAGACCCACAGUUGCCUACGACUGGCUGGUAUGAUGCUUUGCUACACUCUAGUGCAGCAUUUGCUCUCUUUGACAGCACUUUUGGUGAUAGUGAGCUGUGGCGGAGGAGAGCAGAGGCGGGGGACCGAGAGCGGUACCAGCAGCGCAGGUGGCAGCAGCACUGGCGGAGCAAGCGGUAGCAGCAAUUACGGCAACAGACGUUUUCAUAAAAUCCAGCAUGGUCAGUGCACUUACACCGUCAUCCUCCCCGAGCGAGAGGAAGCGGGAGACGGCUGCAAGGAGUCCAAGGGAGGAAGCCAACAGUUCAACAGCAACUCUCUGCAGAGGGACGCACCUCCACCUGAGCCAGAUGUGGCGAGUCAAAAGAUUCAACAGCUGGAGCACAUUAUGGAGAAUUACACACAGUGGCUUCAAAAGAUUGAAAACUACAUCAAAGAAAACAUGAAGACGGAAAUGGUUCAACUGCAGCAGAGCGCUGUGCACAAUCACACGGCAGCCAUGUUGGAAAUGGGCACCAACCUCCUCUCCCAAACUGCAGAGCAGACGCGGAAGCUAACAGACGUGGAGACUCAGGUUCUUAAUCAGACGUCCAGGCUGGAAAUCCAGCUGUUGGAGAACUCUCUCUCGACCAACAAGUUGGAGAAGGAGCUGAUGGUCCAGACUAAUGAGAUCAACAAGCUGCAUGACAAGAACAGCCUCCUCGAGCAGAAGAUGCUGGAGAUGGAGACGCGGCACCAGCAGGAGCUCGAGACGCUGAAGCAGGAGAAAGGAAGUCUUCAAGCCCUGGUGGGGAGGCAGAGUGGAGUUAUCAGAGAGCUGGAAACGCAGCUAAGUCGGGCCACAGGAAACAGUACAGCCCUGCAGAGGCAGCAGCAGGAGAUGAUGGACACGGUCCACAAUCUACUUAACCUCUGCUCGAAAGAUGGAGCCAUGCCAGUACCAAACAGCACAAAAGCCGUGGAAGAGGAAAGAAAGUUCAGAGACUGUGCUGACCUCUACCAAGCAGGCUUCCACAAGAACGGCGUCUACAACAUCCAGCUCAAAUCUCAAGAGGCCAAAAGAGUGUAUUGCAACAUGGAGACCUCUGGAGGUGGUUGGACGGUCAUUCAGCGCAGAGAAGAUGGCAGCGUGGACUUUCAGAGAACCUGGAAAGAGUACAAAAUGGGUUUCGGCAGCCCGUCUGCAGAGCACUGGUUGGGAAAUGAGUACGUUUACCAGUUGACCAGCCAGAGACAGUAUAUUCUCCGAGUGGAACUGACCGACUGGGAUGGACACCAGGCCUUCUCACUGUACGACCGCUUUCAGAUCGGCAGCGAGAAACAAAACUACAGGUUAUUCCUGAAAAGCCACAGUGGGACUGCGGGCAGACAGAGCAGUCUGGUAAUACAUGGAGCAGACUUCAGCACCAAAGACAUGGACAACGACAACUGCAUGUGCAAGUGUGCCCUCAUGCUAACCGGUGGUUGGUGGUUCGACGCCUGCGGCCCGUCUAACCUGAACGGCAUGUACUUCACUCAAGGACAGCACGUGGGAAAGUUGAACGGCAUCAAGUGGCACUACUUCAAGGGCCCCAGCUACUCACUGCGAGCCACGUCCAUGAUGAUCCGCCCGCUGGAUUUUUCAUAGCCGCUUUACUCCCCAGGACGGCGGAGCAGCACAAGUGGGGCGUUCCCACUCGAGCCCACUUGUCUCAUCUCAUUUUGUUGGUUUUCUGCACUGAGACAACACAUGGGGAAGAAAAACAGACAGUCCACUUCACAUUCACCCUAGCAAAAGGAGCUCAGGUGCGUUUACGGCGAAGUGCAUUUUUUGAAGGAAAAGCUCUCCUUGGACAAACUUCUUUUUAUCCGUUUGGGGAGCGUUUUAAUGAAUCAAAAAAAGAAAAAGAAACUUUCAGCUCUUCUCGAGCAGCACUGACUAGAAUACUGCAGGACUGGACUUAUAGGGAAUGGGAAGUGCUGGUAUAUAUUUCAGUGUAUGAAAUAUAUAUUUUGUUUUGUUUUUGCUCAGCUCAAAAUACACAAAGUGAGAGUAUUUUUUUUAAUGGUACAAUGUAUACAGAUGCUUUAUGUAUCACACUACCUGUGUCCUUUGCUGAAUUUAAAAGCAGAUAGCAUGUGUUUCAUGCUUUUCACGUUUGAAAAGCUAGUUGUUUACUUCAACUGUGUAUUUGUAUUUUGGUUUGUAACAGCGAUCUGUAAUUAAACAAAUAAUGAUAAUAGUAAUAAAAAUAUAUAAAUGAUGCUGUCCAUAUAGAUAAGCAAGCACAUCGAUUGCUAUAUUUUAUUUAUCUGAUUCAGCCUAUAUAUAUAUAUAUAUAUAUAGCAGUGCAAAUGUAUCAUUUUAUAUAAACAUAGGUGAACGUAUCUUGUUUAUUCAGAUCAAUGGCUGAUUGUUUUUUCCUCUUGAGAUUUCGGACCGUACUCAACAGAUGGGCACAGUUGAAUUCCUGGUUCGCUGAAUGGAAUGUUGUGUUUCUUUGUUGCUUGCAAAAAUUGCCUGGUAAUUCCUGCCUCCCAGCUUCAACCCUGUCAGGUUAUUUUUAGAGCUCGACAUGUGAGAUUGUUAUUGGAUUAGCCAUUGGAAUUAGAUCUGUUUUCUUUGUUCCUGGCUGAGAUAUAGGCAGCGCACGCCAACCUUCACGUCCUGAGUUAUCGCCGUACCUCUGCUGAAAAUGAGGAACAUUAAUUUUGAUCAGCAAGCGCAGGUCUGUGUUGCUGUUUCAGUUGUGCAAGCAUGAACGGCGGAUCGGAGGUGGGUUAUAUUAAAUGCUUUUCACUGUGGAUUUACCCUGUUCAUGCUUUUAUUAACCGAACGAGAAUGUUUGCUUCAGAGUUUCACAAAGGCAAUUUUUGAAGGUUAAGAUCUGAUUGUCCCAGCGUGCACAUCCAUUCAGCUGAACCCAUGAGGUCCAUGAGGUGUUCAGAUCUCACUGGGGUCCACCAGGUGUUCACGUCAUUAUAGUCCAAAACCACAGCUCGAUUAUGUCGAUUUAUGCUGUGAUGAAUAUUUGCUAAGAAACCAAUUCUUCAGCACUAGAGUUGGAUCUUGUUAGAAAGCUGGAAGACAAAGAGUAGCAGAACACACAUGGAUUUACAUAUCCACAACCUGCAUGAGCUCUAAAAUGGAUCAUUGGCUCCAUAUCAAAUUCAAUGCUGCUUUGAAGGUCGCGUUGUCAAUUUUUGUUUUUUUGUUUUUUCACAUAUUAUUUUAUUCAAGUGUAUUUUUGUUUCCAAUUGGCUCAUUAGUUUUAACGUUUCACUUGUUUUAUGUGUUUUAUGUUAUGAUGUGUGUCUCCGCACCUUCUGAACUUUCCCUUUUUUGCUCACAGACUGAUGAGUUUGUCACCUCUGAGGUAUUGAUUUUUAUUUUUGUCGUGUUGGAAAAAAUGAUUGAUUGCGUUUAUGGAUCCGCAGCGAAAAGGUCCACAAUGUUUUCCAUAGACUCAUUUCCAUAAGUAGCAAACACUAAGUAAUGAAGUGUGGAGUCGCUUGUGAAUGUGUGCUUGAAAAUGAAGUACAAUGUUUAAAGCAUACUAACAAUAUAUAAUUUAAGAAAGCUGCUUCUUUUUCCAGUUUGACCUGCCACAAAUGUGAUUUUCAGUUCAGUGUACAAAGUGGUUACAUGUGCCUUUAAAAUCUGCUUAUACCUCAUCACAUUUUAGAGUCAAGUUUGUAUCAGUGUUGUGCCGUCUGGUGGAAUAAAAUGGAGCGUGUGAUACAAAGACUGGGCCUUUCAUAGUGGACGUUCUCUAGUUUUGAGAUUUGUUUUUUUACCCGAAUGUCAGGUGUACCGGAAGUGAUGGAAUUCAC